AUGCAGUUAUCGACAGCGGUGUCAGCGAGAUGGUCGGCCCUCCGUGCAGCUGCAUUGCGACGAGGUGGCGCACGGCGUUUGCGUCGAGAAAUAACGGCUUUACGGGAGACUCUUGACGACGUCUGCGAGCCUGGUGACUGCGCCCCUCAGCCGCACACCAGAGCUCAGCUUAAUAGAAGAAUUGAUGAAUUGAAGGAGAGAUUAUCGCGUCUCCUAGAAUGCAAGGUGUCAUUGCUGAAACUGACUGUGUCGGUUCGACGCACUCUUGGCGAGAUGGGGUCAGACGAGAACGGCUUGACCGAGGAUCUGACGGCACUGCUAGCAGCCUGGGAUGACGCGCAUCAGCGGACCUCGAACGAACUUCUCUCGUUGGAGAAAGCGGUAUCCGCUUGGGCAGAAUGGGAGAGCGCGUUACGUGAACUGCAAGGAGCAUUACGUGGGGACAUGGCCACGUUGCAAGCGCUGAGGGAUCGUGGGGGAGACCAGCCGGACGUAGCUAAGCAAAUACGACAGCUUGCCGCUUCGCUUGUAGAUAAGAAAAAGGGCGGGUCGACGUGCGACUCGCUGUCGGACUCGGGCAUUUCGGACGGCGAUAGCGAGGCGGCAGGCGGGCGCGCGCGGCGUCUUGGUGCGCUACGCGAGCUCGCGCGCCGCCUGCAGGCCGCGCUCGCGCCCGGCUCGCCCGCGCACCGCGCCAUCGCCAAGCGUAUGGAACAAACUGAGAACGAAGUGAAAACGUUGCAAGAAAGUUGUCGGGCUCUCGUGGAACAGAGCAUUCCCGAUCUGAAAAUUGAUGAUGAGACAGACAAUGUAAGUGCAGUGGCUGGCAGCAAAACGGGAGCAGGGGACCCAGAUUAUAGUCCGCGAAGUGGAUGGGUAUGGCGCGUUAUACGCUCGUCGAUUCCCAUACAACUGUGUCUCGUCGCUUUGCUCUUAGCAGCGUGGUUGGUGGAAAGGCCACGUUGUUGCGACGCUCUUAACUCACUGGCCCAAACCUUGACUCCUCAGCUACGUUACGUCCGUGGCCCACCGCCAGUGUGA